CAACUUGUUGAUAACUUUCUUCAGCGGUAAGUUUGCAGAGGUCUUCAAAAAACGUAUUGAAAUCUCCAAACUUCCUUUUAUAGUGAACUCUCCUGGAGGAUUGUCAACUGUACAUACUAAUGGAGGCUUCGGCUUGGUAUAAAUUUUAACAGCAGUUUUAUUUUCUUCACGCGUAAAUUCACUUUGAUCCUGUUUAACAUCAUUUCUCACUGCUUCUAGUACACCACCGUGUUUAGUUUUGAAACAACUUGUUUUUCUGUCACUGCGAAAAAUUUUAAAAUCUGGGGGAAUAUCUGAUGUGAGAGCAGAAUCGGGAAUAUCCGAUGUUAGCCACGUUUCAGUUAAGCAAACAAAGUCGUAGUUGGAUUUUGAUAAAGUUUUUCCUGUUUCGUUCUUCUUUUGAGAAGAAGUAUGCUUCUGACAUUCAAAGACAAGAUAGUGACAAUUUAGAGUCGUUUGGCAUCAGUCUCACUUUCGGUUGCAGCAACUGAUGACUUAUCGACACAUUCAACCUAAUUAUCGUCUUCUUUUGAUGCCAGUUUUAAGUUUCGAAUUCCUGAUUAUCCAUCAGAAAUCACCCUUUUCUUAAGCAAUCAAUUUCUAUUUUGGUAUCGAAGGGGAAUUGUUCGCGACCUAGAAACACCACAUGUUGAGAAUAUUUCAAACGAAAGGCAGAUUUCAGGGCAAGAUUGUUACUCAAUGAACAUUCAAGAUUAAUUAGGAGGGCACGAGACCCUCCAAUGUCGUUUUUGAUUUUUCCUAGGCGUUGGACUUUGCUUAGACGUUUAUAUUUGAUUCUCAAAAAUUUUAGAAGUUUUUUUACGGCGAAUAUGUUAGAGGGCAUUUGCUCGUCUGGACUUCCCGUUUCUUCCGUAAUACCACGUACUCGUAUGCCGAGUUGGUUUUGAUUUGACAGGGUGGAUUGAUUUUUUUUUUACCACUUUGCCACUUUUUAUAGAACUCAAUGAUUCGAUGAAAGUUUUGAGCUUGUUUUUCUAUGAUCGUUUGUGUCAGUUUUAAGUUGUUUAAUAACUGUGUUAGAUUUCUCAAUACUUUGCGCGAAUUUGGCUUUUGAACUUUUGUUGCUUACGUGACCGUUGAUAGAGCUGCUAAUAAUAUCGUGCCACAGGAUGAUUUCACGCUUGUUUAUGGGUGACCCACAUUCGAGGAGGUUUUGAAGUUUUUCAGAUUUUGGUGUUUGGAUAGAAGCUCAGUCCACCAAUAGCAGUUAGAAAGGGUGCCGUAGAGUUUUAAGUUCAACGAUAGACCUGAUUCUUGGUCUUCAUUAGAGAAAUGGCUUCUUCAUUACCGGGGAUGGUUAUUUCUAAACCAACCCCCAGCAGGUUUUCCGCUCAGCGCGAAAAUUUUAGUGAUGAAAUUAGUGGCGAGUGUAGAAUUUAGAAAUUCAAAUCCUUGAUUUUGGCCUUAACUUUUCGCUGCUAUUGUUUUCUGUUUUGUUUGCCUUUAUGCGAUAUAGUGGUUCAGAAAUGAUGCUAGUCAAUAAUGAAGGGAACGGUAAUCAGGGUAGGGCACUUAUUAGGUUUACAUCUCUGGGCAAGUUUAGUAAGUUCAGUUUUUCUUCCGGGUACAUGAAAAAAUUCCAAAAUGUUGUCGGAAAUUUGUAUUUGGAAAAAUUUGCAAGUAGCAACAAAUUCGUUUUCGGAUUAUUGUAUAAAAGCAUUUUACUGCUGGUUUAUUUGUAUAAUAGGUAUUAGCUCCAUAUAGUGAAUAUUGGGUUGAUCUGUUUAGUAGCGUACGUUCAUAAGAUCUUAGGGUCCAUAAAUUGAAAUAGCAGCGAAAGAUUUAAUUGAAUGAAUUAGUUUCCCAUUUUUAGUAUCAAGAGAUUAAAGAUCAUGACUUCAGAGAUUAUUCACAUCGGUAUGAACCAAUUAUUACUUCAGAUGAAAGUCAAUUGGUUUUAAUUAGACAGUGUGCUAAAUAUAUAUAAUGCACAGUUGAAACCCCCACUCAAUUGGCGAACAUCUGAAGCCCAAAACGUUUGCACUUUGUCUUGCCCAAAUUCUUAGUGAGAAUAUCAGCCACCAUAUUGUCAGUCCCAAUAUAGUUCAAAUCCAACUGUUUCUUUUGAAUUAAGUCCCUGAUGAAAUGUAGAUGAAUAGCAAAAUGUUUUACGACUCCCUUGUUAACGUCGUUUUUCACAAGAGAAAUACAUGCUUGGUUGUCCACAAACAUUUUGAAAUCAAUUAAAUCGAGUUUGAUUUCGAUCAGUAAAUUCAACAGGAAUAAUCCUUCAUUACAGGCUAACGAAAGAGCUGUAGCCUCUGAUUCAGCUGUAGAUUUUGCAACAGUAGUUUGGAGUUUGCUAGCCCACGAUAUUGCACCGCUGUUUUCAAACAGGAAAAAGCAAUAUCCACUAGUACUGCGUCUAGUGUCACUGUCACCUCCCCAAUCAGAAUCAGAAUAGCCAUACAAGAUUGGCGUAGCAGUACAUCGUCUGUAGAUAAGUUUAUACGAUCUAGUUCCUUUCAAAUAUCGUAGAACUCGUUUUGCAGCAAUCCAGUGUACUUCAGUAGGGUCGUUCACAUAUCUACUCAAGCAAUGAGCGAUGAAUGAAAUAUCAGGCCUUGUAGUAAUUGACAAGUAACUUAGACUGCCGAUAAGUCCUCUAUAAUCUUUGUCGUUUGCUAAUUUCACCUCAUUUGGUAGCCGUUUACAAAGUUUUAAACCAUCAGCUGCAGGUGUAGACACUGGUUUACACUCAAUCAAACCAAAUUUUGACAGUAGCUUGUCAAUAUACGCUUCCUGAGAAAUUUCUAACCCAUCCCCACAAAAGUUGAAUUUCAUCCCCAAAAACCAAUAAAGUUUUGCUGUUUCGCUGAUUUUGAAUUGACUAGAUAUUUGUUGUUCAAAUGAUAUAAACUUGUUAGCAUCAUUGCAAGCGUAAAUUAUAUCAUCCACCCAAAUGCAUACGUAUUCCAAAACAUCUUUUGAAAUUCUCAUGAAAAGACAGGGAUCACUUUUUGACGCUGUAAAAUCUAUUGACUUAAGGAACAUCUGUAAGGUAUAGUACCAAUUUCUUCCUGACUGCUUUAAUCCAUAAAUAGAUUUAUUUAGCUUACAAACAAGUUGAAACAAGAUUUAAUUGAAUGAAUUAGUUUCCCAUUUUUAGUAUCAAGAGAUUAAAGAUCAUGACUUCAGAGAUUAUUCACAUCGGUAUGAACCAAUUAUUACUUCAGAUGAAAGUCAAUUGGUUUUAAUUAGACAGUGUGCUAAAUAUAUAUAAUGCACAGUUGAAAUAAGAUAAAGAUAUGAACUUUCAAUAUUGAUGCUUUGAGCUUGAACUGAUGGUUUUAAUCUACCGAUUUAGUUUUAUAAGCUAGUGCUAAAGUGAGAGAGUUGCAACGAUAAUAUUUAUCUCUUCAGUAGUUCUUGUAUUUAUCGAAAAAUUAUUAAAUUGAACGGCAAACCGGUGAAGUUAUAUUGAAUUGAAAGUAGCUUGUGCUACUCUGUUGUCAUGAGUAUUAAAACAGAUGACGGGAUAAACAGUGGAGAUUCUAAGAUCACUGGUGGUCGUGCAGAAAGUCUAGGGCACGUGGGACUGCGUACUGAGGAGAGUGAGCUGCGCAGUGUAUACGACAGAUGGGCGGAGUCAUUUGAAAAGGACAUCGAGGAAGAUGUUAAAUAUGUCGGACACUUAUCGCUGGCAAAGGUGGUGCAAGAUUAUUACUACAGUGAAGUCGAUUGUCUAAUUAGCCAGGCCACUGAUGAUUUCAAUGAGGUACAUAUUUCCAGUGUUAAAACGAAGCCGACCGAUGGCGUGGAUGUCUUGGACAUUGGAGCAGGAACUGGAUUGGUAGCAACAGCUCUUGUCCCCUUCCAAUUCAGACGAAUCGACGCUUUGGACUUGAGCCGGGAGAUGUUGGCUCAGGCCAAAUCUCUGGGACUUUAUUCUCGUUGCAUACAGGCCAGUCUUAAUGAACCACUGCCCUUGGACGAAUGCAGCUACGACCUCGUAGUAUGUGCUGGUACCUUCACCCUCGGUCACGUAACAGCACACUGCAUUCCUAAUGUGCUCAAGGUGAUGCGACCAGGUGCUCUCUUCGUUUUCGGGGUUCGAGAAGACCUUAUGGAAACAGAUGAGCUAAAGAACUUCUACGGUUUUCCGCACUUUCUAAAUCAAUUGGAAAAAGAGACUCAGCUGAAAGUAGAGGAGAGACGAGACAAUAUGCCUUAUCAUCUGCUGGCUGGAAAGAGUUUCAAUAAGCCCCUGCACCAUACUAUAUUUGUCUGCAGACGCAUCUGAUUUUUAAAAAAAAACACAAAAAAAGUUUAAAUCUCGACAUGAUUUUGAUUCAAACGUAUCUUGAUUAUAUUUUUAUAAUUACUGCAACGCUACGGGC